CUCCUGAGCUCAAGCAGUCCUUCCGUCUUGGCCUCCCAGAGUACUAGGAUUACAGGUAUGAGUUGCCACGCCAGCCAGUAGUUACAAUUUUUAGCAUCAGUGGGACUCUACCUUAAUAGAUUAAUUUAGUUGAUCAUAAAAUAAUGUACUGUCACCCAAAAUUCAGUCAUCUAUGACUGUCUUCAUGAUUCUUAUAUAGCUAAGUACCACCUGUACUAUUUUUUAUUAAUUUUUAAUGAAAAAAUUUGUCUCUUUUUCUUAGAAAUACUUUAAUAAGCAACUGCAUCCCUCGAGAGACAGUGUAGAAUAGUGGUUAAGAACAUGGACAUGGAGUAAGGUUGAUGGGCUUUGAAUCUUAGCUACACCACCCAUGACCUAGUGCAAGUUAUUUAACCUCUCUGUACUGUAUUUCAGUGUCCUCAUUUCUGACAAGUGGAUAAAUAACAGUUCCUCUCAUAGAGCUGUUCUGAGGAUUUGAAGAGUUAUUAAUAAUUCAUCUAAAGGCCUUAGGACACUGUCUGGCACAUAGUUGGUGCUUGGCAAUUGUUACCUACCACUCUAAAGAGGAAGCCAGUUUCACUCACCAUACAAGGAAACCUUGGAAAUAAUGUUUCAGUUCCAUGGUUUUGAUUAAAAUUCUUCAAAUGCUGUUGCCUCUCACUUCCAAAGAUUAUAAAUUUGAGGCCUGCUUUCUCUUUCUUCCUAGGGCUUUUGAAUAGCACUUUCUGCGAUGAUAGAAAUGUUCUAUAUCAGCAUUAUCCAGUACACUUGCCUCCAACCAUAUGUGGCUUCAGGCUACUGUGCUGGACAGCUCAAGUUCAAAAAUGUGUCUCAGAUGCCUGUGGCUGAGGGCAAGAGUGUCCAGCAGACUGUGGAGCUCCUCACUCGGAAAUUGGAGAUACUUGGGGCAGAGAAGCAAGGAACAUUUUGUGUGGACUGUGAGACUUACCAUACAGCUGCAUCUACCCUUGGCAGCCAAGGUCAGGCCGGGAAGCUGAUGUAUGUGAUGCACAACUCAGAGUACCCAUUGAGCUGUUUUGCCCUCUUUGAAAAUGGCCCUUGCCUUAUUGCCGACACCAACUUCGAUGUGCUCAUGGUGAAGCUCAAGGGCUUUUUCCAGAGUGCUAAGGCCAGCAAGAUUGAGACUCGGGGCACCCGUUACCAGUAUUGUGACUUCCUGGUGAAGGUGGGCACCGUCACAAUGGGGCCCAGUGCCCGGGGCAUCUCUGUGGAGGUGGAGUAUGGCCCCUGUGUGGUAGCUAGUGACUGCUGGAGCCUGCUGCUCGAGUUCCUACAGAGUUUUCUAGGCAGCCACACGCCAGGGGCUCCUGCAGUGUUUGGGAACAGACAUGACGUGGUCUACGGCCCAGCAGAUACCAUGGUCCAGUACAUGGAACUCUUCAACAAGAUCCGAAAGCAGCAGCAGGUGCCGGUGGCUGGGAUUCGUUAGUGACUGGCAGCUGCCAGCUAAGCUCUGCCACCAGGGAUACUCCACAGGAGGAGCAGGUGCUGUACUCUUGGGUCCCUGGACCCCAGACACUCAGUGUAGAAGUGGAGCCUACUCUCCCUCUCCAGUUCCCAGCUGUGGCCUUUGUUCUGGGGCUCUGGACUGCCCUCCCCUGACCCUCACACACAGGCCCCCAACAGCUGUUUUACCCCAUGCCUUACUGGAUUUGGCCUGUUCUCAGGAAUGCUAAUUAUGAAGAAUGGAGAAGUUUGGACCUUUCCUGCUUUAGGGGAAAAGGUAGGACAGGGAUGUCCCUGCCUAGUGCUGGUGCGGACAACAGUCUGUAUCCCCAAAUAUUGAGGGUUUGGCUUAGGCCCACAGUGAACACGCUGCGUUUGUGUUUGGGCUGUGCUACAAAAGCCUCUCCCUCCACUGAAAGGGUGUGGCUGGGCCUGUAUCCUGGAGAUGGAGUGAAAGACUUGUUUGAUGAUUAUUUUGUGUGACCUGUUUGUUGAAGCAAUUUAUGAAUUAACUUUC